AUGUCUGAUUGGAACAUUCCCGUGAGGGAGAAACUCCAAAGAGACCCUUCUAGCAAACUUCAUUGUAUAGUCGUAGGCGCAGGUCUUGGCGGCCUAGGGGCUGCAAUCAGUAUACUGCUCGCUGGCCACGAAGUUACAGUGCUAGAGGCGGCAACAGAGAUUGGCGAAGUCGGUGCUGGUAUUCAGGUCCUUCCAAACUCUGCCCGCGUUUUAUUCUCGUGGGGUCUGAAGGACUCACUGGAGCAAUACGCAACAAAGCCGCAGAAAUGUAAUUUCAUCGGCUGGAAGGGAAAUCAUCUGUCCAGUAUGGAUUACCAUGCAUAUGCACAGGCGAGCGGUGCUCCUUUCUGGGACUUUCACCGUGCCAAUUUGCACAAGUGUCUCCUCGACCGUGCCGUGGAGCUCGGUGCAUCGAUCCUCACCAAAGCAUCCGUUUCGGAUCUCGUGAUUGCUGAGGACCAACUCAGCGCCACGGUCGUGCUCAAGGAUGGCCGCCACAUGGAAGCCGACUUGGUAGUGGGCUGCGAUGGCAUCAACUCGACCCUGCGCGAGAUGCUCCUGGGCCACGCAGAUCCCCCCGUGCUCACUGGCGACCUCGCAUACCGCCUGCUCCUGGACACGGAUGCCAUGCGCGAGGAUCCGGAGCUGAGGUCUUUUGUUGAGACGCCCACUGUAAACUAUUGGCUGGGCCCCGAUGCCCACGCCGUGAACUACGUCUUGAAAGGAGGCAAGCAGUUCAACAUGGUGUUAUUAGUCCCUGAUGACAUUCCGCGCGAUUCUCCUUCAAACACCGUCGCCGGCAAUGUGGAGGAGAUGCAGGCAUACUUCAAGGAUUGGGACCCUCGGAUAAGCAAGCUGACUGCUCUGUGCAAAGAGGUGCAAAAGUGGCGGCUAUGCAUACGCCCCGGUCUUGACCCCACGUGGAGCCAUAGUUCCGGCGCAUUCACGUUACUCGGUGAUGCCGUUCACGCCACGCUUCCGUACCUGGCCAGCGGUGCCGGCAUGGCCCUUGAAGACGGCGGCGUACUCGGCCAAUGCCUGGCCCGCAUCACCGACAAGAGCGCCGCCUCGAAACGCGCCGCGCUCGAGGUGUAUGAGGCAUGCCGACGGGAACGGACAGAAAAGGUCGUCCAGCGAGGUUCGUACAACCAGUGGAUAUACCACCUGCACGACAGUCCGGAGCAGGAGGAGCGGGAUCAAAAGCUCAAGGACUUUGAGAAGAGGGACCAAGAGUGGAUGAGCGAGCCCGGGUUUACUGUGCCCGAGUCGCCAGAGACGGGCGACGAUCCGUUUCCCUGGCGUUACCAUGGUGUAGCGAGAUGGCUAUUGACAUAUGAUUUGGACAAGGACGUUGAGAAUGGCUGGAAAAAUUGGCAGCGCAAGCAAGUUGAUCCAGUAGGGGAGCGUGCACAGUUGUAG